UUUUCUUUCACAAAGCUCAAUAACAUUAUGGGAGACACUGGCUCACCGCAGCUCAAGAAACGCAGGAUGUCCGUGUCCGACAGCGCAAAUCACGACCCGCUCACUCCCACAUCGCAGUUGUUGGUCAAGAGGCUCUCUGACAAGGCCAGAAUUCCUACUAGGGGAUCGAGUUUGUCUGCGGGGUAUGAUUUAUACAGCGCAGAGAAAAAGGUGAUUCCAGCGCAUGGUAAGGCACUGGUUGACACUCAGCUUUCCAUUGCUGUUCCUGUGGGCACAUACGGACGGGUUGCACCGCGCAGCGGUCUCGCAUCGAAAUUUAUGAUUGACACGGGUGCUGGUGUCAUCGACGCGGAUUACAGAGGUGUCGUCUUUGUUCUGCUUUUCAACCUCUCAGACAAGGAUUUCCAAGUCGAAGAAGGCGACCGGAUAGCUCAAUUGAUCAUGGAACGUAUUUAUACGCCCGAGGUUAUGGAAGUAGAUAACCUCGAUGAAACAUUACGUGGAGCAGGAGGGUUCGGCUCUACGGGUGGGCACGGCUUGCUGUAACAUAUCAUACCUACUGUGCGCCUAUGCAUUACCAUGAGACCUGUUUUUUUUUUU